UGCGAUCCGCAGUAAGAAUUUGUGGCUCGUACGGAUCGGUGCUUCUUUUCUCUGUACGGAUCCCAUCGGAAUUAGAAUCGGAAACGGAUUGUUGGACGGAAGACGGGAGAGUGCGGGCAAAAUAUACAGCAUGGAACUUAAAGUGGAAAACUGAAAAGUUUUCCUCAGUGCGAAUCAGAAGGCGAUCAGCGAUCGCCAGCCGAGCGGCAAAUUAGCCAAAGGAGGGAGGAGGCCAGAGGAGGGUGACCAUGUCGGGUAGGCGGGCCCAAUCUCUGCCGGCGCACAUGUUGGAGCCAGCGAAGCCGCAACGCGGACGCUGUGUGGCUGCCAUCUGCUUCUCGUGGAAGGUGCUCACCUGCAUUGUGUCCCAUGUGCUGCUCGUGCUCCUCGUGGUUUCCUAUUGCGUGGGCGGUGCCUACCUCUUCCAACACCUCGAACGACCCCACGAACUGGAGGUGAAGCGGGACAUACAGAAUCUUCGCAUUAAUCUCACGGAGAAUAUCUGGCUUCUGUCCGACGACGCAGUGGUCCUAAGGGAAAGCGAUUGGAUGGCCAAUGUCAGCAAGCACCUGGCCAACUUUGAAAAGCAAAUCCUCACGGCCAUCAAGGCCGACGGCUGGGAUGGCGACGAGGAUCUGCGCAAGUCACAGUGGACCUUCGCCGGAUCCCUCUUCUACUCCAUUAUUGUGAUAACGACCAUAGGCUAUGGCCACAUAUCGCCGCGCACGGAUUGGGGCAAGGUGACAACGAUUUUCUACGCCAUUGUCGGCAUUCCGCUGAUGCUCAUCUGCCUGUCCAACAUUGGCGAUGUCAUGGCCACAUCAUUCCGGUUUCUGUACUGGAGAAUAUGCUGCUAUGUGUGCACCCGCACGGCGAAACGUCCGAGGAAUGCCCGAUCCCGGCAGAGAUCGAUGCGCUCUCAGCGCCACGCCCGUUCCCAGCCGCCGCCCUCGUUCCGGCGCUCCAUGAAAAUGACCCAACGGUCUGGGAAUGACUCGGGCCUUGGUCCUUCCAUGGGUCAUGCCUAUUCAGAUCCCGACCUGCGCACCAUGGGCCGGGGCUACGAUGACCGGGAGUUCGGACAUCGGAGCAGUGGAGGCGGACGCAAUCGUCGUCAGCAGCAGCCGCAGCAUUCGCAUCACGAUCCUCGCCAGCGGCACACCAUUUACGGAGAUGGGUACGAGACUCAGACCCUAAACAGAUCUAACCGAUACAGUAGCCGGCAGAGACAGCGGGAUCGGAUGAGGGACAGGCACACAGUAGAAAGGGAGCGCUACUCCCGAUCCCACUUGGAUGCUGGAUCCAUUGAGGACUUCAGUGACAUGCAACCUCCUGCCAAAAGAGCUGCCAGUGUGCGAUCGGUUCGAUCGCCACACAAUCAGGAAUCUUCGAAAGCUUCCAGAGAACUGCAUCGUCUUCACUCGGCUCCGGGGAGAAGCAGGGCCAAGUCCGUGGAUCCCAGGCACGUUUCAUCACAUUACGAAGACGUCGACGAGGACGUGGUGAGGAAAACACCCAUUAUACCAAAUAGGUAUGCUCUAGAUGACUUUGGGGGCAACAGAAGACAAGCAGCGCCAAGGAGUCAAUCCAUGCCCAGAUCUGCUCACCAAAGACAGCGCCAGAAGGACAGAGAACGGGAGCGAUCUCCACAGCCGCCACCGCAGAGCUCCUAUCGCCAACAGCAUGAUAGACGAGCAGGAAGUCUGGGCAGGCAAUCCUCUCGCUAUGGCAACCAUCUCGAACUUCCCGACUAUGAUGCUCCACCGCCAGGACGGGACCAUCGACGGGAUAGGCGUGGCCACUCCCAAGGUCGCUACGAGGACUACGUGGAAGAGAGCUUCGAUGAGGGAUCCCUUUACGGAGACAAUAACUACGAGGAUUAUCCGUCCGAGCGCCACCACUCAAGGAGUCGAGAACCAAAAAGAAAUCGCCGAAGAGAGCGGACUGAGCGUUUGCCCCCUUCCCCGAGAAUCAUGUCACCAAUGGGAUUUCCGGUCCAGCGGCAAAUCCGUCGGCGUCCCAGCUACGACUACGACGACGAUGACUCCAUGUACGGGGAUGAGUAUGGGGACUAUGGAGAUCUGCUGCCCAAGGAUCGACCUGUCCCCAUUUGGUUAUGCGUCUUCUUGGUAGUGAGCUACAUCCUUGGCGGAGCUGUUCUUUUUGCGUACUGGGAGAACUGGUCCUUCUUGGACUCCGCCUACUUUUGCUUCAUCACACUGACCACAAUUGGAUUUGGUGACUUUGUCCCCGCGAAAGGAGUCAAGGACGAGUCGGAGCAGUCCAUCGCCUAUUGCUCGCUGUACCUUCUAUUCGGCAUUGCCUUGUUGGCCAUGAGUUUCAACUUGGUCCAGGAGGAGUUCAUUGCCAAUGUAAAGGAGGUAGCCCGCCGUUUGGGCAUUCUUAAGGAUGAUGACGACGAGCAGGAUGAGGAUUAGUAAUAGGUAGAUAGUUUAAUAGUUAUUGACAUCUGUUAUUUCCUUAACAUUUUGGAAAGCAAGAUCUAAUUAUAAGAAACGCACUUGGAAAAAUGGCUAUUUUACAUGUUUAAAUGUUUUAUGAACAAAACUUAAACAAAUUAAGAUUAAAUCAAUUAUAAAGCGAUUCUUUGAAGGCAUGACAUCAUCAAAAAAAAAAAAAGAAUUUACUUCUUCGCUAAGAAAAGUAUAGAAGUUUAAGAUAACCUUCUGAUAUAUCUUAAACCAGCACUUGAACUAAAGGUUUCCUUAACUUUACAUAGCGAGUUUAUUUAAAUAAUAAAUGUACGAAAUUCCAAAGAUUGAUAUACAGAUAAAAUUAAUAUCCAGAAGAGCCAAACAAACACAGCGAUCCGAAAUCCACUAACAAACACGGGUUACUGGGUAGGGUAGAGUACUAUUGUCAUCGAAUGCAAUCAGGCUACGUUUUCUUUGUUGUGCUAAAAGUAUUGAGAAUAAAUGUAAUGAUAACUUA